AUGAAGUUGAACAUUGUGCUCGUGACCCUGGCGGCGGCCCUCGCCCUCGCCACCGCGUCCAACGUCAUCGACCUGACCGAGGCCAACUUUGAGGCCACCAUGGCGGAGAAGCCGCUGAUGAUGGUGGAGUUCUUUGCGCCGUGGUGCGGCCACUGCAAGCGCCUUGCUCCCGAGUAUGAGCAGGCUGCUGACGCGCUCGAGGGCGUCGACGCCUGGCUGGCCAAGGUUGAUGCGACCGAGGAGGCCGACCUGGCCAACCGGUUUGGCGUCCGUGGCUACCCCACGCUCAUUGUCUUCCGCAACGGCGAGGAGGCCGGCAAGUACGAGGGUGCGCGCGAGGCCAAGGCCAUCGCUGACUACAUGGUCCGCCAGACGCUCCCCGCCGUGACCGAGCUCACCGCCGACGGCGUUGCCGAGUUUGCCGCGUCGUCUGACGUUGUUGUCAUCGGCACCUUUGCCGCCGGCUCGGACGAGGCUGCUGCCUUUACCGAGGUCGCUUCGGACCUCCGCGACGACUUUGUCUUUGGCCUUGUCGACUCUGCCGAGAACACCGGCGUGGUCAUGUACAAGAACGUCGACGACGACGUGCUCACCUACGAUGGCGAGCUCGAGACCGUGGCCAUUGGCUCGUUCCUCAUCUCCAACAAGCUCCCGCUCUUCGACGAGGUUGGUCCCACCAACUACCGCUCGUACGUCGACACCGGCCUCCCGAUGGGCAUGGUCUUUGUCGAUGUUGCUGACGCUGACUCGCUCGACGCCAUGAAGGCCGUCUUCCGCCCGGUCGCCGCCCAGUUUGCCGGCUCGGCCGUCUUUGUUUACGUUGACACCAAGUACAUCCAGCAGGCCAUGAAGAUGGGUCUCUCCGGCGACGUCAUUCCCUCGUUUGCCAUGGAGAACCUCGAGACCGGCAUGCACUACGCCUUUGACGAGUCGGCCGCCCUCGAGGCCGACGCCGUCACUGCCUUUGUCGCUGGCGUCCUCUCGGGCGAGAUCGCGCCCACUAUCAAGUCCGAGCCCAUUCCCGAGUCGAACGACGGCCCGGUCACCGUCGUUGUCGCCGACUCGUUCGAGGACAUUGUCCUCGCCGAGGACAAGGACGUCCUUGUCGAGUUCUAUGCCCCGUGGUGCGGCCACUGCAAGUCGCUUGCCCCGACCUACGAGAAGCUCGGCGAGGCCUUUGCCUCGGUCGACUCGGUCGUCAUCGCCAAGAUGGACGCCACUGCCAACGACAUCCCCGUCAACGGCAUCGACGUCCGCGGCUUCCCCACCCUCAUCUUCUUCCCCGCUGGCAACGGCGGCGUCGACGCCCAGAUCAAGUACGAGGGUGCCCGCGAGUUUGAUGACCUCAAGGAGUUUGUUCUCGCCAGUGCCGCUUCGGACGUCGACGCUGACGCUGUCGAUGCCGCCCCGGCCGACAACGUCCACGAGGACCUCUAACCUGUCGUCCGAGCUAAACUAUCGCGCCUGUUACA